AUGUACACCCAAUCCACCCUCACGCUCCUCGCAGCAGCAGCAGCCCUCCACCUCGCGACCCCCGUGUCUGCAAACUACGAGACCGGCAAGGCCGUGCAGGUCAACUUCUACUCCAACGCGGGCUGCUCGUCCUACACCAGCGAGACGGCGGCGUGGUGGACCCGCUCGCCCCGCGCCGGCGAGUGGGUCAACGGCGGGAGCGCCGGCGAGUGCUUCUCCCUCGGCAUGCCGGGCGCCAGCGGGAGCCUCAACGUGGCCAACGUGUGGAGGGGCAACGGGGCCCAGACGGGCGGCGGGUGCGAUUUGUACGAUGGGUACAACUGCGGCGGCGUCCAUGGGUACAUUGGGUUCUCGAGCGGUUCGGGAAGCUGUGCUGCCUCUAGGAGCUCGAAUGGGUUGCUCUGGAAGAGUGCCAAGUGCGGCGCCGUUUAA